CAGUUUUUAUGAGAUCUGCACAAAGAAGACGACAAUAAUAACAACAGAUGCGCGGUAAACAGUUGGCAGUAUCUCUGCUGAGAAAAAUGGGAGACUGUGAGUGAGAAAGAGAGAGACGGAGGGAGAAAAAUCGAGCUGCUGCAGUAUCCCUACACUGCUGAGGCUCGGACUGCGUGACUGACUGGUGUGUUGCUAGAGAGAGAGAGAGAGAGAGAGAAGAAGGGAGGGGGAUGGGAAGGAUCUUGCCUGGAUGAGGAGCAAGCAGGCAGGCAGGCAGCAGCAUCAUCUCUUUUGUGGCGUGCUGCUGAGGGAACUGGCCGCCUAGAGCCGUGCAGGGCGCUCACUCCUCUUAGGCGCGCACAGCGCCACCGCCUCUCGCGCACUGGCCACCGCAGGGACAGUGACAGCCUUCUUUACAGGCACAGCACUGCUUGUUGCAGCGGCACCAUGGCGCAAGCUGCUAAGCAGAUCCGCAAGAACAAGGACCUACAGGAGCUCGCAGCUCAAGAGCUGCGAGAGAAGGAGGAGGAGAAGAUCAAGAAAAGGAACAGAUCGAGAGACCGUAGACGCAAGGCUCAUGUGGUUCAGCGCUGGCUUGUGCAUCAGGACAGUAGUUUGAGUGGAGAGGGUUCGUCGGAGGCUCAAGGUGGAAAAUGGCACUUUGAUGGAAGAGCAGACACAUCAACCAGUUUCCUCCGUGCUGCACGCUCAGGUAAUCUGGAGAAGGCUCUGGACCAUAUCAAAAAUAGAAUAGACAUCAACAUAGCCAAUCAGAAUGGGCUUAAUGGGUUGCAUUUGGCCUCCAAAGAAGGCCAUGUUAAGAUGGUGCUGGAGCUGCUGCACAAUGGAAUUGACUUGGAGACUACUACAAAGAAAGGGAAUACCGCCCUUCAUAUUGCUGCUCUGGCCGGUCAAGAGAAAGUGAUUGCUGAACUGGUCAAUUAUGGUGCCAACGUCAAUGCCCAGUCUCAGAAAGGCUUCAGUCCCCUGUACAUGGCAGCACAGGAGAACCACUUAGAAGUGGUAAAAUAUCUACUUGAACAUGGAGCCAAUCAGAGCCUUCCAACUGAGGAUGGCUUUACUCCUUUGGCGGUAGCUCUUCAGCAGGGUCACGAGAACGUGGUGGCCCUCCUGAUAAACUAUGGCACCAAGGGCAAAGUGCGUCUGCCGGCCCUGCACAUCGCGGCACGCAACGACGACACGCGCACUGCUGCCGUACUGCUGCAGAACGACCCAAACCCAGAUGUCCUCAGCAAAACCGGCUUUACUCCUCUCCACAUCGCAGCCCAUUAUGAGAAUCUCAGUGUCGCACAGCUUUUGUUAAACAGAGGAGCCAACGUGAACUUCAUGCCGAAGAAUGGCAUCACUCCAUUACAUAUCGCUUCCAGGAGGGGGAAUGUGAUUAUGGUGCGGCUUCUGUUGGACAGAGGAGCUCAGAUAGAUGGCAAGACAAAGGAUGAGCUGACGCCGCUGCAUUGUGCAGCCAGGAACGGUCAUGUACGUGUGGUGGAGAUCCUGCUAGACCAGGGUGCUCCUAUUCAGGCCAAGACCAAGAACGGUCUGUCUCCCAUCCACAUGGCAGCGCAGGGCGAUCACAUGGACUGCGUGAGGCAGCUGCUGCAAUACAACGCAGAGAUCGAUGACAUUACCCUCGACCACCUGACCCCGCUGCAUGUUGCAGCACACUGUGGGCACCACCGUAUGGUCAAGGUGCUGUUGGACAAAGGGGCAAAAGCUAAUGCCCGUGCAUUGAAUGGAUUCACUCCAUUGCACAUUGCCUGCAAGAAGAACCACAUGCGGUCCAUGGACCUUCUGCUGAAGCACUCAGCGUCUCUGGAGGCUGUGACUGAGUCGGGUCUGACCCCUCUUCAUGUGGCUGCGUUCAUGGGGCAUCUCAAUAUAGUGAAGAGUCUGCUUCAGAGAGGAGCUUCACCCAACGCAUCUAAUGUGAAAGUGGAGACCCCUUUGCACAUGGCUGCCAGAGCAGGGCACUGUGAGGUGGCUCAGUUUCUGCUACAGAACAAUGCACAGGUGGAUGCCAAAGCGAAGGAUGAUCAAACCCCCUUGCACUGUGCCGCUCGAAUGGGGCAUAAGGAGUUGGUGAAGCUGCUCUUGGAACAUAAGGCCAAUCCAGAUUCGACCACCACAGCAGGUCACACUCCUUUGCACAUCGCCGCCCGCGAGGGACACUCCCAAACCACACGCAUCCUGCUCGAUGGGAAUGCCCAACAAACCAAAAUGACCAAGAAAGGAUUUACUCCUCUACAUGUAGCAUGUAAAUACGGGAAAGUGGAUGUGGCGGAGCUGCUUUUGGAAAGAGGGGCCAAUCCCAAUGCAGCUGGGAAGAAUGGCUUGACCCCUUUGCACGUGGCCGUCCAUCACAACAACCUUGAUGUAGUCAAGCUGCUGGUCAGCAAGGGCGGCUCUCCGCACAUCACGGCGAGAAAUGGCUACACAGCCCUGCAUAUCGCAGCCAAGCAGAACCAACUGGAGGUGGCAAGCAGUCUGCUGCAGUAUGGAGCUAAUGCCAACUCAGAGUCACUACAGGGCAUCACCCCGCUUCACCUGGCGUCACAGGAGGGGCAACCUGACAUGGUGGUGCUGCUCAUAUCCAAACAGGCCAAUGUUAACCUGGGCAACAAGAAUGGGCUGACACCUCUGCACCUGGUUGCUCAGGAAGGGCAUGUGGGCAUUGCAGACAUGCUGGUGAAGCAGGGUGCUUCAGUCUAUGCAGCCUCAAGGAUGGGCUACACACCCUUACAUGUGGCAUGUCACUAUGGGAACAUAAAGAUGGUGAAGUUCUUACUCCAGCAGCAAGCACAUGUUAACAGCAAGACAAGACUGGGAUACUCUCCUUUACAUCAAGCAGCCCAGCAGGGCCAUACAGACAUCGUCACCCUGCUGUUGAAACAUGGAGCCCUGCCCAAUGAGAUCACCACUAAUGGGACGUCACCUCUGGGCAUCGCUAAGCGGCUAGGGUACAUCUCUGUCAUUGAUGUGCUGAAACUGGUGACUGAGGAAUCCGUGUCUAUGAUCACCACCGAGAAGCAUCGCAUGAGUUUCCCAGAGACGGUGGAUGAAAUACUGGACGUGUCAGAAGAUGAAGGAGUUGCUCAGCUAACAUUAGGUGAUGAACUUCUCGGGAUGGAUGGGGCUGCAGACAACGUUAGCCCAGUGGCCAGCCCCAUCCACACUGGGUUUCUGGUCAGCUUCAUGGUGGAUGCGAGAGGCGGGUCCAUGCGUGGCAGCAGGCAUAAUGGUCUGCGUGUGAUCAUCCCACCGCGCACCUGCGCAGCCCCCACACGCAUCACCUGCCGUCUGGUCAAACCGCAGAAACUCACCACCCCACCUCCUCUCGUGGAGGGAGAGGGACUCGCAUCUCGUAUUAUCUCCCUAGGGCCUUCCAGUAUGCAGUUUCUGGGGCCAGUGAUAGUGGAGAUCCCUCAUUUCGCGUCCUUGAGCCGAGGUGAUCGGGAACUAGUGGUUCUCCGAAGUGAGAAUGGCUCUGUAUGGAAAGAGCAUCGAAACCGCUAUGGUGAUGAUGUUCUAGAAACCAUCCUUAAUGGCAUGGAUGAAGAUCUGGAAAGUCAGGAGGAGCUGGAGAAGAAAAGAAUCCGCCGCAUCAUCUCCACAGACUUCCCUCUCUACUUUGCUGUGGUGUCACGUGUCCAGCAGGAGAGCGAUCUUAUAGGUCCGGAGGGAGGUCAGCUGACAAGUAAGCUGGUACCCCAGGUCCAGGCCAUUUUUCCUGACACGGCGGUCACUAAGAGGGUUCGACUUGGCCUACAGGCCCAGCCAAUCCCUGAUGAGUUGCUGACUCGGCAGUUAGGAAACCAGGCCACAUUCAGUCCUGUUGUGACAGUGGAGCCUCGUCGACGCAAAUUCCACCGACCAAUUGGACUCCGUAUCCCUUUACCUCCAUCCUGGAGGGAGAGUCCACGCGAUGCCGGCGAAGGAGACACUACUAGCCUCCGCCUCCUCUGCAGUGUUAUUGGUGGCACUGCUCCCGCUCAGUGGGAGGACAUCACUGGCACCACCAAGCUCAUGUAUUCCCACAACUGUGCCAACUUCACCACCAAUGUGUCCGCAAGGUUCUGGCUGGCGGACUGUCCACGAACGGCGGAGGCCGUGACCUUCGCCAACCUGCUGUACCGUGAGCUGAUGUCAGUUCCGUACAUGGCUAAAUUUGUGGUAUUUGCUAAGAUGAACGAUGCCAGAGAGGGCCGUCUGCGCUGUUACUGCAUGACCGAUGACAAAAUAGACAAAACCCUUGAGCUGCACGAGAACUUCUCCGAAGUGGCCCGCAGCAGGGACAUUGAGGUGAUGGAGGGGAUGCCGCUACACUUAGAAUGUUCCGGAAACCUGGUGCCCGUGAGGAAAGCCACCCAGCAGCCCCGUAGCUUCAGUUUCCAGGCCUUCAGAGACAACCGGCUACCUGUCUCCAUAAAGGUGAGAGACGCCAAUAAGGAAGCCACCGGGUUCCUGUCCUUCCUGCGCAAGUCCACCAAGUACGAGGACACGCAGCACGUGCUGUGCAACCUCAACAUCACCAUGCCUCCCUGCGUCAAGGUGGUGGGUAACGACGAGCGGCGGAGAACGUUGACCCCUCUCGCCCUGAGGGAGAGGUACAGCGCCCUGAACGAGCAUGGCCUGGCCACUGUGAAUGCCAUGGAGAGAACCGAGCUAAAGAUCACAGUAAUAGCAGAACAGCUGGGACUGAGCUGGACCGAGCUGGCGAGGGAGCUGCAGUUCAGUGUGGACGACAUAAACCGGAUCAGAGUGGAGAAUCCCAACUCCCUCCUGGACCAGAGUUCAGCUCUGCUCAACCUGUGGGUCAGCCGAGAGGGCAAGAAGGCCAAGAUGGAGAACCUUCAUAAAGCUUUGAAGAACAUUGACCGGGCAGAUAUUGUGAAGUCUCUGGAGGCUCAGGCUCCACAGGUGCUUCCCGAGGUGGCGGAGGAAGGAGCCUGCAGACUGGCGGAUCGUGACUCCGCUCUGCUUUCCCCUAGUGUCGUCAACGGUUACGGGCUGGUGCAGGAGGAGCUGCUCUCCCCCGCUUCUAUGCAGUACAGCCUGCCCUCUCCACUGGGCAUCGAGCCCUACUGGCAGGAGGUGUCGAGUCUGGAGUGUGCGCCCAUUGCCACCACUGAGGAGGACACCAUGAUGGAGAUGUCAGAUGUGCAGGUGUGGCCGGCGGGGGUCAGUCCGUCCCUGGUGACCGUUGAGGAUUCGUCCCUGGAUGGUAGUAGCCGCGCAGAUGACUCGGAGGCCAACACGUUGAGCCUGCCCUGCAGCAGUUUGGGGAGGCCCAGCAGCGGAGCAAGCGGGGCAAGUGGCUCCAUCAUGGAGCUGGAGGAGGAGGAGGAGGAGGAAGAGGAGAUAGAGGAAGACGACAUACAGCAUGAGCCGGUGUCGGCAAGCACAGAAAAAGCAUGGGCCAGCGGCGCCGUCCCAAAGGCCAACUACAAUGGGCAAGCUGGAGGUCAGAGGUCGGAGGGCAAGAGGACAGAGGUGGCAGCGGCGGCGGGUGGCAGUUUGACGGGUGUAGCUAGAGGAGGAGGAAAGGGUGGAAAAGGGACAAGUUCAGAGGAAAAGUUUUCUGUUCUUACAGGGCAACAGCUCUACGCUCAGUUGUGCGAGAGAACCGGACUGACCCGAGCCCUUGAACACAAUGGGGACAGGCUCAGCGGCGGUGCCUUCCAGCCUUACUCGCAGGAGAAAGACUCCCUCCACAGCUGGUCCCAACCCAAAGCGAGGCAGACCAUGGAGGCCAUGAUGUCAUCGUCCCAGGACCACAAUCAGUCACGUGUAGCACAGGAGGCCCUGCUUACACCGGUAUGUGAUACAGGCCAUUCAGAGGUCCUGCGGGGGCGUCUGCUGGGCACUCAGCCCUUUGAUAAAGGGCUGGGCUUCUCCCAUCAGGAGGGGGAGUUACGUGCAUGGGACCAGGACAGAAGGAAGGCACAGAAGGAUGAUCCAAUAGAUCUCACCAGUGAUCAUCUACAUGAAGAGCAGUUUACUGAUGAGCAUGGGAAUGUUGUGACCAAGUUGGGCAUGGAUGUGAAAAGGGAUGUCAAGACUGUGAAGCACUCCAGCCUGCGGAGAGUAAAGCACUGAAAUAAACACAAACUGUCCUGAAGGGUUGAACAUCCACUGCCAAACCAUCCUUCACCUACGCACGACUGGGAGACAGGAUGAGACAUGGAGCGAUGAGGGAAAAAAAAAAACAUGCAGCGAAAGAACAACACAUCGCGCCCAAAUCCUACAGUCAAGCAACCAUGGAGCACCACCGGAAAACAACAAGGAGAAGGAGUUCUCUACCUGUAGUUUUGUAACAUUUUUAACAGAAGAAAAAAAUAAACAGGGCAUGAACUUUUUAUACAAAAUGUGAAAAAACACACACAAAAAAAAAAAGUGCUUCCUGUCAACUGUAAACGCAUGACUGACUGCUGCUGCAUGACCUAUGAGCUGUCAUUAUCUAAAAAACUGAAGGGGUACAAGGUAAAGGGCCGUACCAGGACUGGCAGCGGGGAGGGAAAAACCUUUGGACCUUUGAUCUUGAAAACAAAGAGACUCUUGAAACAAAG